CCCUCUCUCCCUCUCUCCCUCCAGGGCUCUCUCCUCCCUCCUCACGUGCAGGCUAUCCUCUCUCUGGUGACCAAGUCGCUGUCCUGUACGCAGAACAGUCACGCUCGCUGGCCUCAGCCGGGUUGCUUGUCGCUCUCUUUUAGCUCUCAACCCCUCUGCCUGCCUGGCUGUCUCUCUCUCUCUCUCUCUCUCUCUUCUCUUAUCCAAAAGUAGACGUUACUCACCAAAUUAUACACAGCUUUCUCUUCUUUGCUGGUGACUCGUCAUUCUCUUCCCUCAUCUUGACGCGCGCAGCUGCUUGCUUUCUUUGUCUUUGCUCCCAAGUAAACCCUCGUACAACCAAAAGAAAAACAAAAGAAAAAAAAUAAAAAAAAUAGCUUCAUAGCUUCCCAUACCUCCCUCCCGGUAUACCCUGCUAUAUGAUGCACCUGUUCUCUUGCACUCCGCCCUCACUAUGAGCUCCAGUCUCGAGGCGAAGAUCGUCGUCCUGGGUGCCCAAGGUGUUGGGAAAACAUCUCUCGUCCAACGCUACGUGAAAAAUUCCUUCAACCCUGCUACAACCACUUCCACCGUCGGCGCCUCCUUCGUCACUAAACGCGUCCUCGACACCACCUCAGACACCGUCGUCCGCUUGCAAAUAUGGGACACAGCCGGGCAGGAACGUUUCCGAAGUAUUUCCCGUCUCUAUUACCGCGGUGCCAACGCUGGCCUGCUCUGCUACGACAUCACAGACGAAAGUAGCUUCCAGGAAAUGGCCGGUUGGCUCGUCGAGUUGAAACAGAACCUUGGCGAAGACUCUCCCAUCGUCAUCCACGUUGUGGGCACGAAAUCAGAUAUUGUAGCAGAUGACCCCAAUCUACGCAAAGUUCCGUUCGAACGCACCAUUGCCUACGUCGCGGAACAGCUCUACCCAUCCCAAGCAUCCACCCCGCCGCCCAGCUCCGGCCUAGGCAUGAUCAGCAGCUCCACCUUUGGCACCUCAAACCCAAACUACAAUCCCGGCGCGGAAAGCAAGCGAAGCAGCGGCUUCUGGGGCCAGGAUAUCGGCUGGGACUGCUGCCAUGAGAUCAGCGCCAAGGAUGGCGAGGGUAUCGAGGAGGUCUUCCGUGUCAUCACCCGCAAGCUCGUGGAGCAGCGGAACAAAUCACUAGACGCCGACUCAGCACAUCGGGGUGGAUCAGGUGGCGCGGAGAGAAUGCCCGCACACAUGGAAGGAGCUGUGUCUGAUGGCAACAAUAGUGUGCGCGGUGGGACGGCAGAUAAACGACGAAGCUGGCUUGGGUUCCCGCCCGGUCUCGUGCUGGGUGAGGAACCUAUCGAUGUACCGAUUGGAUCGACUCAGAGCCGGCAGGGGAGGUGCUGCUGAUGAAUUUUCCUUAACGGUUAUAUUUUCUUUUUUUUCCUUUGAUACCAUAUUCCUCUUGCCAUUAUGCUCACGAGUCCCUCUUCCAAUCCGUUAACCGACCGCUGUAUUCUAUUCCUUCUUCCGUGUCUCUGUCACUUUCUUUGCCCACUUAUCGGUGCAUUAAUGUAUAGAAUUACGUCCUCCUCCUCCUCCCCCCCCUUCUUCCCUUCCGCCCCCUCUCUCCAUAUCGUUCUAACGCAGGCCCGUUAAAACGGGAAAAUUGGAGGAUUCCCACUCGCCUUCCAAAAACUCAACCGUGCAUUUACACACGGAGUUUUCCGGAUUUGCAUCAGCAUUGUUUUCUUUCCCUCUUCGCCGUGUUUCAAUCAGUUUCCAUCGUGUUCCAUUCAAAGGAUGUGUUUCUAUAAAUCUGUUUUUGCUUCCUGUUUUUCGCUCAUGUUUUAUAUAUUUAUCCUAAAUUUCUGUGCUUGCGGGCGUUGUUGGCCGGUGUUGCUUAGCCUUUGUUCAUGGGGUGGAUGAAAGGUGUGCGUGUUGUAUGAAUCACUACGAUCUCCUUGAGAGCGUAUUUGUUAAUACGGGCUUUAACUAAUGGAUGUGUUUUGUCGGGCUGGCUAGGGAUUCGGUCAUGGAUCAUGGGUCAUGGGAGGGGCGUCCAGGUCGUCUCUCUCCCUGUCUCAUUCGUCAUCCUCUAUAUAUUUGCGACCCCAGGCCGCUGAUAUACCAAUUCUAAGUGUAUUAUCAUAUGCUGCUUGAUAUUUAUCUUUGAUCGUAUAUUUCGAUUCAAAUCUUUUCCUUUGGAUUUAAUUAGAUGCUUACAAUUGUCCCCAUUGGAACACCACAGCUCUACCAAGCUGUUGGAAGAAACCUUGGGUGGACGUAGAUCGAUCAACAACACAUAGCAACCUCAUCCCACAUUUAAGCCAGGACGUAUGCAUGCAUGUACUGUACAUGUGUACAAAACCACUGUCGUUGGUAACGUACGUACACAUACGUUCCUUAGGUGCAUCAAUCGGCCUAUUAUCCCUUUCGUCCAUAUAUCGAUCACCCGCCUGAACCCAUCCCCACCACACGCCACAAGGGAGUAUAAGUAUCAAUAUUCGCUGAUAUCCAGUUCUUCAGCCGUCGAUGCCGAUAUGGAUGAGGACACGAUCUGAUCCGAUCAUAUUGACAACUUGCAUAAACGCGCGGCAUACAGAAUCCUGCAUUAGAUCUCACUGCUCCCAACUGCAGAUCAUUGAGGGGAGGGUUGAGGAUCCAACGAACAGUGCCCGUGGGUGUUGUCCGGUUCUUGAGUGACACAACAAACUGUGGAAAACCGUAGAAAUAGUCAUGUUGAGGCAAUAUCAAAAUUGAAAGUUUGAUUCAAACAUUCUGUUCUGUAAAUGGGGUCGGGCCGCUGCAUAUAAAACUACAUGAGCUGUGGGUUGGUCUUAUGUUUAUUGUUUAUUCUGAUAGUCUGUAGUAGAAUAGAUAGUGCUGAAAAUCUUCGAUUAAUUUGAUAGUUACAUCCAUCUACAUAUCAGUAAUGCCGUAUUUUCUUUUCUAUUGAUAAUCAGAGAGAUUCAUUAAAUUGCAGAG